AAUGUCGCUGUGUAAACGUGUUUCCUCCACAGCGGGGGGAGGCGCUGUUACAGCCGAGCCGCAGCUCUGAGCGGCGGAGCGGCUCGAACACAGCUCUGAGUGAGGAGCAGCAUGAAGAGAGCGGUGUAGUCGAGCGGUUUGAGGCGCAGCGGUUAUCUGGGUGAGCAUGGAGAGCGGGGGCGGUCAGUCAGAGCCGAUCAGUGUCCACGACUUCUCGGAGAAGCUGCUGGAACAGGUGGUGCACUUCCAUGUGAUGAAGCUGCGCGGAGGAUUCUUCCUGUGGGUCGGAUCGAGCCCUGUGUUGUCUAACGUGGCCGUGUCAAUGAACAGCAAGUUUGUGUUACUUUUGGCAGGACACCAUGCCGUUGUCGACGCUGGUACUGGGAGAUUCAUCAGAUACAACCCCAAUCUCUUUAGCUCAAAGAUUGACCAUGAAAACCGAGAAGCAGGUGUUUGUGAGUUAUAAUCUGCCCAUGCCAGAUUCCAGUUUAACACUGCUUGUGGAGAAAAGGAUCAAGAAGGAAAUGGAACUCUACCCUGACAAAUUUUAAGUGUACUGUAAACUGUUUAUUUCAUAACCUUUCUAUGCUGUAUGUUUUGUACAGUACGUAUGCAAAAUAAUAAAUUUAAAUGUUUGCACAACUA